CCGAUAUCUGCACAAAUUUAUUCAUUAAUUUAUAUAUUAAUUAUUAUUUAUAACAUUUAAUUAUAUACUUAGGAUCUGGUGUUAAAACACAAUGGCGUCCCCAGAGUCAGAUUUGAGUGAUUUGCCGCAUCUAACACCUUUGGAAGUGGGAAAGUUGACCAGCACUCCUGUUCCAAGACGUCCUACGAGUCCUACUCCAACGGAAUCAUCGAUUUAUACCAGCGGAGAAGAAAGUGAUGGAUCAGGUCAAAUAUCAGAUACCGAAGACUCCUUUAUAAAAAUUAAGAAUUUGCGGAAGAACAUAAAACCGAUUAGGGAUGGCUCCAUCUACCACUGCAUCCUUGUUAAGCCGGAGGAGAUGAACUCUUUAAUUGACAACUUAAUAGAGAUGUACAAAACGAACCCAAAAUCAGCUAUUUGCCAUGUGCUGCAGUUCUUCGUCGACCUUACUGGUACCCAAGAGGUGGACGUUCAGGAGCUCUACAUUUACAAUGAAAUGGACGUCAAGCCAAUCCUUAAUGAAAUUUCUAACACCAAAAAGGACCUGAGAAAGCAUUUAAUUUUCGACUACAAACUCAAAACUAUGGUACCAGUGAUGGCGUCCAUAGACCGAUUCUUUCACAAGUUCAUCCACAGAGCUUACGAGGAAAAUUUAUUGUACGAGGAUAACUUUUCCACUCACACACUUCACAUGCUGCAAAAGAUGUCCUUCCAUCAAAUGCACGCCUUGAAAGUUACCGGUGUUAUUUUAAGUAUGAAAUUGUUAACCCAAUAUGCUUGGAUUUUGAGCAAACAAAGGGCAGCACGCCAUCAAACUAUUAUCGGGUUUAUUCGCUGUUUAAAAUUUAUAAUACACAAAAAUUGCCUCCUGAGAUUAAAAAACUGGGACCCAGUGAGAAUGGAGAAUGCGACUCAAUUCAGGUAUUGGUUCAAGUACCUUCCCCAUGAAUUCAUCAAUUACGUGGCUAAGUAUAUGAGGCUUUUUAAAUCUGAGAACGUCGAAGUGCGCAGGACUGUGUUGGAGACUUGCAAAUAUGUGUUAGAGAAUAACGAGAGGGGAAGUGCCGUUGAUUUUUUCAAUGGUAUUGCUGAACACGUUUGUGAGAGAUUCACCGACAUUGAUAUGGAUUUGUCUGUGGAGGCGGUCAAAUUAAUUGAUUAUGCUUGUGAACGCAAAUUUCCCUUGGGACCUGAAAAAUGUAGGGAAGCACUCACUUGUAUGGCCGCAUUUAUUUUCUACGACUAUUUCCCAUUGGCCGAGGCUGCCGGCAAGUUCCUCAUCCGACUUCUUCAAGAGGAAGGUGGCGAAUUAAUAACGAAAUUGGCUAAGUUGGCAAACAAUAUAAAAUUACACAUUCCUUUGCUAAUUGAGGCUACGUACGACGCCGCAGAUACGUUACAGGACUGGGAACUUUACGUGAAGCUUCUUCUGAAUCAAAACAUUAAUGUGACCAUGCGGGGAACCUUAAUUAAAAUGGCACACAGCAGCAUAUAUCAGACGUUGAAGGGCCAAACUAUUUACCCUAGACAAUGUUCUAAAAUUGGGAACGAAGCUGAUGCGUCGGUUCAAGUCCUGAUAGCCAAUGUUUUUAUCCCCAAAAUGGUGCAACUCCUGUUAACGUUUGAAGAGUAUCCCUCCACGAUAAUUAAUCUGUUGGACAUAGCAAUGUUACUAUAUACCCCCGAAAUUUUAUACAGCAUAUACAUUUGUAUUUUGGAUGAAGUAUGUAAACUUUAUCAAUUAUAUGAUGAUGAAGAAGUACUCGUUAAAAUAAUUGAAACCUUGUACUUUUUAACCCAGACUAAUGCUUUGAAAAAUAGAACCAAAAAUCACAUGAAUAAUUUGUUUAAAAUAUAUGUUGACAAAUAUUUAGAGGAAAACAGCUCAAACUCUUUGCCAAUAGUGGCCCUAAAGUUGGGAAUCAUUUUGUCCAAGUUUGACUUGACUGAACUAGUACCUUGGGAGAUUAUUUCCAGCCCCAGAGCAAUGCAGGUUCCACAAGCAACCCUCAUGACUUGUAAGUGGUACCUCAUUUGGAAAUUACACAAUCUGAAAGAGGAACUUGAAAGUCAAACGCUGAGCCAAUUAACUAAGAUACAGAACUUAUCAAUAAUGUGUGAGGAGUAUAUGACGAAAUGUUUUGAAGUUUUGUUGAACCCCAAUUACGCAGACAUUGCCACAGAAGUUUUUGUAUAUUUAUCUGAGCUGUGCAAGAAAUUUAUUCUUGAAUGGUGUGACUUCCAUGAAAGGCACAAUUUGUCAGAUACCUUGUGCCUCAAAAUCCACAGAGAAGAGGAUUAUAUGCAGUUCUUCACUAAAGCUGUAGAAAACAUUAAUUUACCUCUGGUGGAACGCCAGGACAUAGUUAAACUCAUUUGUGAGCUAAUACUCCUGGAUGGAAUAAACAUUAAACACAUCACAAAAGUGUAUCAAUAUUAUAACGAAUGCUAUGAUGAAUUUGGAGUAACUUUAGAAGAUUGUAUGAUUAAAUUAAAGGAAAUCGACCCUGACUCAUUAACAAUUCUUGAGACCCUAAAAAUGAUCUACUUAAAUAUUAUAACUAAAGAGGGAUGUUAUGACAAAAAUAAUGAGGCAUGUCAAUUCCUUUUGUCGUUGGCUCAACGAUUUAAUAGCCCAAAGUUGGCCAAUUUCGGACGUAGAUUUAUGUUCCUCGGUGUCCAGUGGUCCAUUAAAGACAAGAAGAACAUUUCAUUCCUCUCCGUGUUGAUACAUUUCGUCAAAUCUUUAAAAGCAGAUGACAAACGAGCAUUAUCAACAAAGAUAAGGAAGGUGUUGCAGUCUGGAGAGAUUGCCAAAUAUAACUGUGUUAUCCAGUUCUUGGAGGCUCUGAAGAUCAAAACUAAUGAUAAAACUACAACACCACCUAAAGAUAAAACAGCAACACCAGCUAGUAAUAAAACCAAAGCACCAGCUAGUGAUAAAAUAACAAUAAAAGUUUCAACACCAGGUAGCCUAGACACCACAAGGAAAAGACAUCAUCAAGACGAUGUUAUAUUUAAAAUUCCCAAAAGAUUGCGUUAUACAGGAAUGUACUUAGAAUAAUUUUAUUUGUUUAUUUGUUGUUUAUUCAUAUUUGCUGAAAUAAAUGAUUUAAAACGUUA